CUCCUGCGGCCGUGCCGGUGCCAAUGCCGUACCAGGUGCCGCCAGGGACGUUCCUGGCACCCAUGCCGCAGCAGCCGCCGCCUGCAGCCCUCGUUCAACAGUCGUCGGAAGCGACAGCCGUGUCCACAGUGCAUCGUGUGGACGCCGCCCAGCGGUGGCUGACCGAGGACAACAGCGCGCUCUCGGCCGAGUCGUGUCGGCUGUAUGCCUCACCGGACGUGUCGGCGGGCUAUGUGCGGGUGCCGCCCGGCGGUCGGAAGGCCGACGCCGUUGUGCACUGGCAGUCGGUGCACGCGGUGGUGAUGUCUGGCGAGGGGGAGCUGGUGCUCUCGGACUCGCUCGGUCAGCUGGUCAGCAGCCACCCGCUCCGCCAGCAGGACGUGUUCAGCGUCGGACCCGGUGCCGUGUACCGCGUGGAGAACACUGGCUCGGUCGAGAUGCUGCUCUUCAUCACCAUGUACCACAUACGCAGCGGGCUGCAGUUCUACCAGCCGCCGGCGGCCGCGUGCCCCGGGCUGCCGGGCGCGCGUCCUCCCGCGCCGCUGUGAGACGCGACUGAGCACCGGCGAAACACGGUGGGACACCGUAUUUACGUACCAAUCUCUCUCUGUAGUCUGUUGUAUAUAUUUGAUGCGUGAGCGCGUGAGCUCUUCGUUUCUGCUUUGGAGGAGUGCUGUGGAAUGGGCCGCCGCUAGAACAUGUCGAGCACACGUAUUGCUAGAAUUGAUGCGUGUCAGUAGCGGAUGAACGCUUUUGAAAUUUCGAUUACGUUGGUAGAAUUCGGCUUCUGCUUGACGCCUUGAAUCUGCUCAAUAGAUGCUUUCUCGUAGCAUGUUCAACGGCAUUAUAGUGAUGUAGUGUACAAUGUUAAGUAUUUUGUAACCAAGCUGACUCGAGGCGUGGACCAAUGACGCAACUAGUUACUUUCAUACGAUUUGCUAGCAAUGUUUGGCAUUAGCGUCCUGACGUGUUAGCGGUGUUGUACAUACCCUCGGACUUCCCUCUGGCACACAUUGGGACCCCGAUCAGCGGGUUGGACGUGGUGCCCAGCCGUUCAUUCGCGCUAGAGGAGCACCAUCGGUCUCCUAGCCUCCUCUCGCAGCGGACAUGGUCUCUAGCGGAUACUGCUCGGAGCUCUAGUCCGCCGGUCUGCCGCCAGGUGGCAGGCGCGGCAGACUGGUGCCGAGCCGUGCCGCUUACUGCGAUGAUGAUACUAAAAUUGCUGCUGAGGUCACUAUCCUCGGUCUCAGCAGAUGUGGAUAUACGAACUUCGUGGAGAUGUCUCAAUAUAUGAUGAAAGUACA